AAGGACAAUAAUCUAAGCAGCAAAAAAGAAGAUGGCAAGACUAUUGCUACUUUUCCUCCCAGGUCUUGUGGCCAUAGGCACCGUGCACGGAAUGUUUAUGGACAAACUUGCUUCCAAGAAGCUCUGUGCAGAUGACGAGUGUGUCUAUACUAUUUCUCUGGCCAGAGCUCAAGAAGAUUAUAAUGCCCCAGACUGUAGAUUCAUUAACGCUAAAAAAGGGCAGCAGAUCUAUGUUUACUCAAAGCUGGUAAAAGAAAAUGAAGCUGGAGAAUUUUGGGCCGGCAGUGUGUAUGGCUACGGCCAAGAGGACGAGAUGGGAACAGUCGGCUACUUCCCCAGAACUUUGGUUGAGGAGCAACACGUGUACCAGGAGGCCACCAAGGAAGUCCCAACCACGGAUAUUGACUUUUUCUGCGAGUAAGAAAUUAGACAAAUCUGCAAAUAGAAAGAAAACGCCAAAACUAAGGAAAAAACAAAAACAAACAAACAAAUAUGUUUGAAAUACGUGUCCCUUAUUUCAGGCUUUUGUUUCCAGGAUUUGUUACCUUACAGGAGGGCUGGGGUGUGGGGCCAGAGGUGGCAGGAAAGGGAGGGCUUCAACUCAGUCUUGUUUUCUGUUGGCCUGGUCGUCGGUGAUGUUUGGCUCAAGUGGGUGUUUCAGCUUUCUCUUACAGGGGGAUGCACAUAAGAAGAUGGUUCUUUUGUAGCCAUUUCUAAAUAGUAAUUCUUCCCAGUUCUUGGGCUCCCUGUAUAAACUUGGUAGAUCGAUCACACGUGUCUUCCCUUUGGACACGAUGCCUUCUACCUAUUUGUCUUUCUGGAAAGCUGGAAUGUUAUAAUUUACCCGAAGGCACCAUAUCAUCAGGGACUAUUCUAGGAUUGCUGUUACUUUUAAUAUUUGAUGGCUUUGGGAUGUGAAGCUGUUGGUGGGGGGGAGGGUUCUCUGGACUCAUAGAUGUUUGAACUAUGCUUUUAAAUUUCUCUUUUAAAGUAGCCUAACAAAUUAUUUCAAUUGAAUAAUUUUACCCUCUAAAUGAUCAACUUGCCCUUCUCCAAAUUUUAAAUAAGUAUGUGUGUAUAGUGGGAGUGGGACAGUUGAUAAAAUAUUUUUAAUGAAAUAGUUUCCCAUUAAUAUGUGCUAGCACUUGGUAUUACUCAAACUUAAAGUGAAAAGACACAGAAAAAAGAGUCUGUGGUUAUUUUCUCUCCUAUUUCGACUUCCAAUGUCUUCUUCCUGUGCAAACUGCCCCCGUCAAGGCUGAGGCGUCAAGAAAACCUGGUGAGAGACGCAGGUUGGGUGGUUCCAAUGCACCCACAAGUUUUUCUGUAUUUAACUGGAACUUGCUUUGAUUUUUAUUACUAAUGUCAUUCUUUCGAUGUACUCAUGAGUUUCUGUUUGUCUACUAGUAAUUAAAAUGCCUGUACUAGACUAAAACAGUU